UCUCUAGUGUCUUGACGCAUGCAUUGACAUGCAAUUGAGUUGUAAUUUGACACAGCUUUCCAGUCAGGUAGACUGGAAUCAGGAGGUGUAAAGGUGUCUGAAUUACAGUAGGUUGUAUCCACGUUGAUUGAGCUGUAUAAUUUUGAAAAUGAUAAAAGCAAUAUUAAUUUUCAACAAUCAUGGAAAGCCCAGACUGUCGAAAUUCUACGAGCACUAUAGUGAAGAUACAGAACAGCAGAUCAUCAGAGAGACGUUUCACUUAGUAUCAAAACGAGAUGAGAAUGUCUGCAAUUUCCUGGAAGGGGGGAUCUUAAUAGGGGGCUCUGACAACAAACUCAUCUAUAGGCACUAUGCCACUUUAUACUUUGUCUUCUGCGUGGAUUCAUCGGAAAGUGAACUUGGGAUUCUCGAUUUAAUACAGGUUUUUGUGGAAACCCUGGACAAAUGCUUUGAGAAUGUCUGUGAGCUUGACUUGAUUUUCCAUGUUGAUAAGGUACACAACAUUCUGGGGGAGAUGGUGAUGGGAGGCAUGGUGCUGGAGACCAACAUGAAUGAGAUCAUCACACAGGUGGAUUCUCAGAACAAGAUGGAGAAGUCAGAGGCUGGUAUUGCUGGAGCUCCAGCUCGUGCUGUAUCAGCAGUGAAGAACAUGAAUCUUCCUGAAAUGCCCAAGAACAUCAAUAUUGGAGACAUUAGCAUUAAAGUGCCAAAUCUGCCCUCUUUCAAAUAGUGAAACCAGAGAGACUGUGGCAUACAUGCGCUCCAAAGGAUGUUUACUAUGGUGUGUUUACCAAAAUGAAGAAAAUAUCAUAUUACAUCAAAGACAAUGAAGGUACUGAAUAAGUGUAUUGUUCUUUCAUGUAUAUUUUGAAUGUCACCUUCUGGUAUAACUUUUUUUCAUGUGUUUGUUGUUGCAUUUCUCAGUUUGCCUCCUUCAAAACAUGACCUCCAGUGUUCCUUUAUAAAUAUGCCUUUGCCCUUAAGUAUUGGCUGCUACAGUAUUUAAAAACUAAUCAUAUUGUUCUGUUCCUUUGUACAACAGAUGACUCAAACAUGCGUAAAUACUGUAUAUAUCAAAUUAUGCUAUUUGCUUCAGUUGUAGUAUGUACUGAAGUAUUUUAAAUUAUCUUUUCAUAUAAAACUACAAAUGGACUUUGUUUUUAAUGUGUGACUGUAAGGGGCUUAUAUUUUCUUUCCCUCUUUCUGUAACACAAUAAAAUAUUUAAUCAUUGUAUGACUUGA